AAUAGGUUCGAUCGUUCGUGCGUCGAUCAGCGUUUGAACCGGCCCUAAAAUUGUCCGCCAUUGAACGGACCGCGGCAGUGAAUCGGUGAAGAAGGUGCGCGCUCUCGACAUCCUUCAUAUACAAACACCGUGGUUCUGUUCGCUGUAUUCCACGCCAUGACUACAAUUUGUCGGGAGAGUAGGAGUGCUGUAGCAGUGACAGGUCAAACGGCGAACGGCGAGAUUACUUAAUAUUCGCAGGACGCGAGACGAGGAUUUUCCGCAUCGAGAAAACGUCGUUAGAUAUCUCCUCGGUUCUUGGUUUCUCUGUUUCGGCGGUUAUCGUCGACGACGAAGGAUUCCAGUGUUUUCCGCGAGGGCAGCGUAACUCGCGGAACGAGGGUUAAACCGAGUGUGGAGAAACUGUAAAGAAAUGGAGGUGGAUGAAUGCUCGGCUGGUGGUGAUAGCGGAGCAGAGGAAGACGAAGACGAUGCGUCUUCUCACGGGUCCAGGAGCAACAGUAGUAGCAGUAGCAUUAGUACAUCGACCGAUAGUGGAGAUGAUAGCGGAGAGGAUCAUGGUUCAAGUGGUAGUGAGAGUCAUAGUUCGGGAGAAGAAGACGAAGAUGAAAACGAUAACACAGAAUAUUCUAUGAAAGCAGAGAGUCCCGAUACCUUCAAAUGGGAGACCUGCGUAGCCGCGAACACCAAGGUGAAACUACCGCAAGAUCUCUGCGAGCAUUCGGCAAUUUUUAAAGAAUUUCUAGACUACCCUUAUAUUUGGAACGAAUGCCUGACUGAAAAUCAAAGGGAGACGUUGUGCAGCCUUUUGCCAAGCUUCCCGAAGGACUGCGACGUCGACGCGGAGACGGAGAAAACCUUGCGUAUGCUGUUCGAUCGAGAGAAUCAGAGAUUCGACGUGGCACCCUUGGACGCGUUUCACACCCACCUGUCCGCCGGCCAUUAUCGUCCAGACAUCAGAAGGAUGUGCGGUCUGGUGCGCAAGGCGCAGCAAAGACGAUUGUUGUUCGAAGAACGGAAACGUUCUUACGAGCUGGCCAGUCAGUUGUUGAAGUCGAGAGAGAGUUUGCUAUUAAACGCGUAUAAGCAAGGUUUCUGUCAGCCUACGCAGAGAACGGUGUCGAAAAUCCAAUGGAGAAAACCGAAACCGGCUAUGGUUGAAGAGAAAACGCAACUGCGCUAUUUGGAGGAACUGAAUGCGCUGAGGACGGAGCUCGGGGCGAACGCGAAACUGGCGGCGGACACGACAUCCGAGAACGAGGAGAACUAUCCUUAUUAUCAGCUGUCCGGUGCUAAGCAGAAGAAGAAGAGGCGUUCGCUCAUGAGCUCCCAGGGCCUGUCGAUCAGGGGCUUGCAAAUGAACCACGAGGAUGAGACCAUUCGGCCUGUGUUCUCCACGUUGCAACGCGCGGAGUACCCUGCGAACAGGUCGUUGUUCAUUCGCGAGCAGACGGAGGAGAUGUAUCGCGAGAUGCUGCUCCAGCAUAAAAAGCGAAGAGCGCGUCGUGAUAUACAUCCAGAACUGAACACCCAGGGUAUCGCUCUGGCCGAUCUCACUCAAAGAGCACAGAUCGGCCACAAGCAUAAAUUGUCCAUCGGUCCGUCCAUGCGUAUCACGCAGGCGAAGAAACGGAUCAAGCUGGAACAGUCUCCACUCUGCCCGCCAGCGCCGAGAUUGAUAAACACGAACUCGAUAAAACACGAGAGCGAAAACAGUGAUUAUUCUCACACGACGGACGACAAUAGACAUUCCAACGCGUUGGACAUGGACCACAGGAUGCUGACGCCGAUCAAAUCGGAGCCUAUAGACGCGUACGAGAUGCAUCACAUGUCGAAGAAGAAAUUGAGUCCAGCUACGUCGAGGGGCAGUAAAUCUUCGAUAAUAUCCACGCCAGAGAUUAAGAAAGAGGUGGAGGACAUAGAGUACGAGGAUAUUAAAACAGAAUUCAACGCCGUGAACGAUGACGUUCCUCCCGAAACGGAGGACGACGAGGAGAGCGACAAGAAGGAGCUCGAUCUGGACAGUAUCGAUAUGAUGCAAAUACCGAUACAACUCGACGAUGGGAUUGACAUACUGGACGAUGUUAAAUGCGAGGACGAGGGUGUUAUAUCGAUUCCGGACAAAGAACUUAACGUUCCAGCGAACGACGACGUUAUGGACAUCAGCAGCGGUGCGGAGCUGAUGCAAGAGACGCACGCUUGUUUCUUCUCGCUGCUGAGGGACGCUUUCACCUCGAAGGGCGAGUUCAGAAUGAGCGGGGGAGAGAUGAAGGACGCCAUCAUGCAGUGGCAAGGGAAUCCUAUUUCUCCGUUGAACGAUUGGUAUUCCAUGGCGUCUUCUUGGACUGCCCUGGUCCCAUUGGCUUUGGGAUUCCUCGCCGGAGAGUUCACUUAUUCUCAAGAAUUGGGUGACCGUCAGGAACGCGAGCCAGAGCUUGUCCCCUACUUAGAGAACAAAGGGAACGGAGUUUACGCUUGGAUCGGCGCUGGACGAGACUCGGAUUCCCGUCUGACCGAUUUAUGCGCGAAAUUCUUAUUACACAGAGAUUCGCUAGGUCCACCAACAGCGGCCGUCGCGUGCACGAUGGUGACUAUAAAGCAACAACCUCAAGUGACCACCGCCAGCAGCAACGUCAAUAACACCGCCGGCAAUGGAAACAUAAACGCGACUUGCAGAGCUAACAGUCCCGCUAUCGAGUCGAUCAGCGUCGAUGGUGGGUCCAUUAACACCAUCGCGGAAUGGGAACCACCGCGUGCUCUGUGGCCCACCGAAUGGAAGGUUCGUCCUUCCACGUUGGACGAGCGCGACGAGUUCAGGAGACAGGAGCGAAUGCGUUACGCCGCGCCUCACAAAGCGUUCACUUACAGAAUGCAUGGUUACGCGUCCGUCGUGGGUCCGGUUAAGGGCAUCUAUCAACAUAAUGUCGCCUCGGGGUUGACCAAAGCUCGUGGACACUCGUUACUGGUGGCAGAUCGACCAAAUUUCGUAACGAUCCUGGCACUGGUGAGAGACGCCACCGCGAGGCUUCCUAACGGCGAGGGAACCCGAGCCGAUAUUUGCCAGCUUCUGAAGGAUUCCCAGUAUAUCAGGGAGCAAACCGACAGCGACGACAAGGAAGGAUACCUGCACUCGGUUGUGUCCGGCGCUCUGGACAGGUUGCAUUACGAAACGGAUCCCUGCGUUCGAUACUACCCGCGUCGCAAAGAGUGGUUGUAUCUUCAUCGAGCGCGCUCUGAGUCCGAAUUCGAAAUGUAUCAUCAACAGCUGCAAGGAGUUGCAAAGAACAAGAAGAACGUUGGUAGUAUGUCGCGAAACAAAGCGUUGCCACCGGUUAUAAAACCUUCUAAUAUUAACAAAGAACAGUCGCCGAUCAGCAACAAGGAGAGCACGCCUAAGAAAGAGAGGAAAACCGCGACCAUAGCGCAGCCCGUUAUAUCCAGAAAAGAGCAAAAGAAAAUCGAGGAGAAGGUAGUUGUCGAUUAUUCCGUCUCCACCGAGCAACCGACCGUCACUACGAACGUGGCGACGACCAUCAAUGUAACGACUUCGGCCAUCGCUGUGUCAGGAACCACUGUUCCGGUCACGACCCACCCGAGUGCCUCCACCUCCAUCAGCACGGUGACCAUAGAGAAGGACAUAACGAGCAGCGAAGCGGUUAAACCACAAAUCACCACCACGGCCCCGGCGAAAAAGGUGACCAACAUCGGUGGAAAACCUGUCGCCGUUGUGAAGGCGAACGCUCAGAGCUUGCUGCAGUCGAAUCAGCAACACUUCCCCCACCAUCAGAUUCAAGUGUCAACCUCCGCGGGCCUGCAAACUAUACGACUGUCCGGGCACUCUGUAUUGCACUCUGCCCAGUCGGUGGCCGCCAGCAGCGUAUCCAGCAACGCCACGAACGUGACCACCAAUCUGACGACGAUAUUCCCGCAGGCCAAGGUGCAGAGCCAACAGCAACAGCAGCAAACGCAGCAGCAACAGCAACAGCAAACGAUCGUGACGAACCAGGCGGGGAAGAGCAUACUGCAGACCGCUAAUCUGAAGCAGCAACAGUCCCAGCAGCAACACGUGUUGCCUGGAAAAACGUUGCUGGCCUCGCAGAUCAAACUGGUCAGCUCCGGGCAGAUAAAAUCGCUCCUGACCAGUCACGGUUUACAAGGCCAGACGAUAUUCAUCAAGCAAUCGUCGCCUUCCGGCAACCAGACGCAGCAGUUGCAGCAACAACAACUGAAGCAACAGCAGCAACAACAGCAACAACAGAUCCAGCAACGAGUGGUGGCUAAUCAGCAACAGUCGUUGCAGUCGUCCGGCAUGCAGCGUAUAAUCGCGCAAAUCGGCGGGAAGCCGAUCGCGGUGCAAAUACAGCAAUCCCCGCACCAGCAGCAACAGCAACAGCAACAGAAAAUUUUGGCGAAAGUUCUGACCAGCUCGGGCGGCGGUCAGCUCAUCUCGGUGGAAAGUCUACUUGCGCAGAAAGGAUUGAAGCUGGCAACCACCAGCCACGCGAAUCAACUCAACAGGCAGGGAAAACAGGUCAUACAGACUCAGUAUCAGGUGGUGUCGCAGGCGCAGACGUCUUCGGGCCAAUCGAAGAUCAUAGUCAGCACGCAGCAACAGCAACAGUCCCAGCCGCAGACGGUGCGAAUGGUGACAGCGCAGCUGGCUGGAAAGCCAAUAGUUCUGGCCAGCGGGAACAAGAACGUCGGUGUGGGCGUGAGCAGCGGCGGCAGCGUGGUCCUCGGGAAGCAGCAGUCGUCGCAACAGCAGACGCAGCAACAGCCGAUCAUCUUACCGAGCCAGCUGCUGAACAUCAAAACGUUGCACGGUCUGAAAGUGAUACCGACUCCGACGGGACUGAAAACCACCGGCGCAGCGGUCUAUGCGCGCGUGAUCGCCCCCACAACGAUAACCUCGACCCAGUCGACGGGGAACCAGCAGCAGCAGACCAUUCAGGCCCAACAGCAAUCGAGGAACAGUACCUACAGCACACCCUGACGGAAUUGACGCAUCGUAUUUUCUUGUUUCUCAUUAUCAGUUCAUUGUUUACUUUAAUCUCUGUCAAGGCAGUUUCAGAAUUUCGUCGGAAGCUGGAAUCGAAUUUACAUGUAAAGAAA